ACAGCAGCUGUCAUCUGAUCCUCUCGUUCUCUCUGGCUUUGAAUGGGCCUCUCUCUCUCUAGGAGUGCCAGAUGUUGAAACAAAGGUCUAAAAAUAAUCUUUCCAUCUUUCCAGGGAGGUGGGGGGCACAGCCGUUGGAGCAGCUGCGAGAUCGGACAACCUGAUCAAACUUGGAGCACGAAACUUCUCCGACAACGUUCUCAGUCACACCCAGAGCUCCUACAGCCGUCUUUUAGGACUAAUAGCUGUGUGUGCUUGCAUGCAAGGGGCUGGCUGAGCAGGACUUUUGCCUGACCAAAACCAACCUCCUCUUUCUGCUCUAAAGAAAUCUGAAGCCAGCCUCGUCCUUGCUGAAUUUGGAGUCGGGGAGUUUUUAAUUGUUCACCGUGUAAGGAGAAGAGACGGGUCUGUGCGUGUGUCAGAAUGGGGUGCAGACAGCAUUUCUUGGUGGUCACUUUGUGCUUGACGCUUCUCCUAUCCCCGCAUUGCUGCUGUGGAAAAAAGCGCUGGAGAAGAGCCUCACACCUGAAGCUGGCAGAGAAAUAUGAUGUAAGUGGAUUUGGCUUGGAAGGUGGAGGGCAGGGAAACCAGAGGUGCGGGGGGGGGGGGCAUAGUCUAGUGGUAGAAUAUGCAGAAGGGCCCAUGUUUAAUCCUUGGCUUUUCCGCCUGAAACCCUUGAGAGCCACUGCCAGCCUGUGUAAACAGUACUGAGCUAGAUGGAUUUAGUGGGCUGACUUAGUGCAAUGCAGCUUCCUGUGUCCUGAAGAAGUGUGCUGCAUUUGGGGAUGGAUAAUGCAUUGGGUCUCCCUUAAAGGAAAAACCAGAGGUGCACAAGCAAAAGAAAUGGGGUAUCUUUAGAGGUUACCCAGUAGAUCAAUGGAUUUGGGUCUACUCUAUGAGUAUUAUUUGCCAGGAAAUCACUUUUCCCACUUUAAAAAAUCUUGUAAACCACCCCCGCUUCAGUUUCUGCAGCUCUCCUCUCUGCAAAUAAGUGAAUAAAGGGGGGAAAUAAUCUACAACACAGGGCUAAAUAACCAAGAACCAGAGGUUUGAUUGGGAAUGUGCAGACAGGGGCUAAACCCACACCCUAAAGGUCCCCAUUCAAUUCUAAGGGACACAUAAGACAUAAUUGGUCCCUUAGAAUUAUUAUUUAUAACCUGCCUUUCAUAAAGAGGAUCUCAGCACAGGGUAGAAGAUAUAGAUUCCACAAAAUUACGCUCUGCCUCUACUUUCAGUGGCAGUAAUACUUUAUGAAUGCUGGUUGCUGGGAACCACAGAUGCUUGUGUGUUCCCCACAGGCAUCUGGUUGGACACGGUGAGAACAGGAUGCUGGACUAAAGGGGCCACUGGCCUGAUCCAGCAGGGCUCUUGUGUUCUUACAUAAAAAUAGCCACAAAUCAUUUUUAAAGUCUAAGAUGGCAACCUUACCUUUUUUACCUGGGACUAAGCCCCAUCGAAUUCAAUGGGAUCUAGAUACAUAGAGUAGCUGAUUUUACUUUCAAUAAAGUUUAAAAACAGCGAUAAUUAAGAGGGACAUAUGUUUAUAAUUUUACUAAAAAGCCAGGAAAUUAUAUGAGCAGAGCAGAUUCAAUGCAGCCAUAUAAGUGAAAAUAAAGUGUGAGGUCAGAUGUGGUCUUGAAACGGAAUACACAUUUCUUUAAAUUUAUUAGGGGGGUUGCCUUCUCUGAUGAUUUCUUGUUUGUUUAAUUGGGAAUGCUUAUAUGAAGCAUUGAUUCUUUUGUGCCUGCGUGUGUGAUCAAUUGUUUUCAAAUUAUUGAAUUCUUUGGGUUGACUGCAUCCCUAGUAUUUCUCUUCUAUGAAUCUGUGCUUUUGAUGUGACACUAAUACGGAUGUCUUGAUCAUUACAUUAACUGAAUGAGUAUUUAUGUAUGCUAGGCUGUUCUGACUGCCAGUUAGAUGCUGGAAUAGAUGGGGCUUUAGAUGGACCCCAGAAGGGCUCUUCUUACUUUUGGUCUUGUCUUCUGGUGUAUAUAUAUUAUUCUUAUUUUAAAAUUGGAGAGAGGGCUCCUGCAGCGACUCUUUUAUUUCCUUUGUUUCUAACCCACCUUUCCUCCAAGGAGCUCAAGGUAGAAUCCAUGGUUCUUCCCCUGCUUGCCAUUUCAUCCACAAACAAGCCUGCAAGGCUAGAGUGCCAGACUGUGAUUGGCCCAAGGCCAGCUAGUUUCAUGGCCCUGUGGGGAUUUGAACCCUGGUCUCCCAGCUUCUGAUCUGACACUCUAACUUGCCAUCUUCUCUCUCUCUUCUCUUGCAUUCUAAAGAUCUCUCUGGAUUGGGGUGGGGUCUCUCUCUCUCUCUCUCUCUCUCUCUCUCUCUCUCUCUCUGUGUGUGUGUGUGUGUUUAGGAAGCUUGCUGUUACUUGCCUCUCCACUUCCAAAGAUGCCUUCAUGGUAUUUGCACUUUGGGCAAGCUGCCAAUCAUGCAAUAUGCUGAGCUGGCAAGGUUCAGGAUUCCCCUCCCUUGCUGCCCACCCUCCUGCAUGUUGAAGGACCACUGUCUUUGAAUAUGCCCCAAGGAGAAAUGUAGACAGGUCUUUUCCAGAGGGUGGGCUUGUCGCUGGGACUUGGUUUCAAUGUAGGAGAUAAGCAGGCUCCAUAGUAUGAAAACUGCAGGGUGGGACAUGAUGGUUGAUUUAUAUGCCCUUUUUUGACCCAAAGGUCUCCAGAGCAGCACAUUAAUGCAAAAACAGAUACAAAAAUAAAAUUAAAAAAUGCAAUGACAGUGCAAGCUUAACUGAGUCUACUUGGAAGUAAAUCCUAUUGAAUUCCAUGGGGUUUGCUCCAGGAAAGUGCGGCUAGACAUGUAACCUAAAGUCAAUUACCAGACGCACAUAACAAUACAUCAGCUCCAAGCAUGACUUGCACACACCCACAUCCGAUUCCCAGAAGUGGGAGGACUCAUAGCCACAUCCAUCCGGAUCCACGGCUGCACCCUUUCUGUCAUUGCUUCCAUCAAAGCAACAAGAACACUGGAGGUUUCUAUGUCUGCAACAGAGAGGCUUGAGAAGAUGGGCUUAAUCUUAGGGAGCAUUCCUCCAUAUAGCUCAUAAUUCUGGCCCUGACUAGCCAGGCUUUGAUAUCGCAGAGAGAGGCGGGAUAACGACCACAAAGUUGAAGGAAAGUGGCUGCGUAGAGAGAGCCAAUCCUAGGUUAGGCCCUAUCUGCACCAUUCCCCCCCAAAAUCACGCCACUUUCACCUGUCAUGGCUUCCCACAAAGAAUCUUGGGAACCAUUGUUUGUUAAGGGUGCUGAGAGCUAUUAGGAGAACCCAAUUUCCCCCCACAAAGUUGCAAUUUUUAGAGUUCCCUGGGACGAGGGAGUGGUUGCUAAAAAACUCUGGGAGCUGAGGGGAAUAGGGAUGUUUGGGUCCUGGUUGUGGGUUUCUCUCAGGCAUCCAGUUAGCCACUAUGAGAACUGAACACUGUAUUAGAUGGGCCACUGGCCUGGUCCAAUAGGCUCUUGUGUUUUUAUGUGCAUGUCUAAAUGGCUGGUAAAGAACAGGUAUGUUGCCAUAGAGACAACUGGGUGGUGAUGCUUUCUUAGGAGAUGGGUAGCCCUCCAUCCUCCACACUUUCAGCUGGCUGGAAACUAGCUUUUAGUCUUGCUGGAGCUGAAAGCUAGAAAGAGAUGCAAAGGUUUACCUUGCUGUGUGUGCUUAAUCCAAAACUAUGGCUUUGGGGAUCCCAAACUUAAUGGGGAAGCAUGAUAUGAUGGAGUGUUACUGCUGCCUUUCCAUCUUGUGCUCAGGUUCUCCCUCUCUCUCUCUCUGUGUGUGUGUGUGUGUGUAUAUAUAUAUAUAUAUAUAUAUAUAUAUAUAUAUAUAUCAGAGACACCAGACACCAGAGACUUCAUUGGCCUUCAGUCUAAGGAAACUGAGCCCUUAGGGAAGUGAUGACCAAACUUCUUGGCCCUCCAGCUGUUUUGGGACUAUAACUCCCAUCAUCCCUAGCUAACAGGACCAGAGGUCAGGGAUGAUGGGCGUUGUAGUCCCAAAACAGCUGGAGGGCCAAGUUUGGCCAUCACUGCCUUAGGGUCUCUUGGCGCUAACAGAUUGGGGUGUGUGCAGUGAUAUAUACUGACAGGAGCAGUGCUUUUUUUCCUAAAAAAAAGGUUUAGGGGUACUCUCAUUUUGACUCAAGAAAAUCACCAUUUUAUACAUAGUUCAAAUUGGGGAAAAUAAAUACAGUAAAUGGACAAAAGUACAAAGAUUCACAAAAUGUUUAGGGGCAUGUGUACCCCUGCAUCCCCCCCCCCAGAAAAAAAGCACUGGAAAGGAGCCAAGCGGUAUUGGGUGGGAUUGAGCUUCUUCAGAGAGGAAAUCUACUGUAGGUCAGGUGGAAGUCAAAAGGGCCUCAAAUAUUGUUUGAGGUUGAAAAGACGAGGCGUUUUAAUCGCCGUUUCCUUGAAAGCUCAUUUCCUAUUAUUGUUAGCAGGAACUCUCUAGGAUUACUAAGAACGGAAAGUGAUCAAAAGGCAGCAGAGAGGGCUCUCCUUGAAAAAGGAAGGCAUUAAAAGGGGUGAUUUCAGGGGGACUUAGGUCAGGGAAUUGAUUAGUUUUAAAGUCCACUCAUAAAUUAGAUUGGAAGGGAAGGGAGUUGUUAUUAGUAGACAGGUUCUGCACAAUUUUGCUUCUAUGUGGUCCAUUAGGUCAAGAACAGACACACUCAGGUCUGAAACACACUUAUUCAGAAAUAGGUGGGAGAAUCUGUCAAUUUCUAUUUCUCAGGUCCCUUCACCCACCCCCACCCUGCAAAAAAAAUAAAAAUCAAAAACAUCUGAAUUUCAGUUAUCUGAAUUUCCCUAUAAAUUUGUGAUUUAUUUAUUUUUAAAAGGUCCUCUCAAAAAUUCACCAGCAUUUUAAUGGUCAGUCCUCCUAACAGACAUGCUUCUGUAUGCGAUUUUGUCUAAUAUGCAUGCAUUUUGGCAAGUGCUUUUCUCUAAUAUCCAUUUCUGUAAGUUGUUUUCAUUAUUAUAUGGAUUUUUAUGCACGCUUUUCUCUACUAUGUGCAUUUUUUGCACGCGACUCGGCUGGAGAACUGCACUGCAAAUUCAGAAAUGUGCAAAUGAAGGAUGGCUGUCUUUCAGUUUGCACAUUGUUUUGGGAGCUGUGAAUUAAGUGUGUUCAUGCUGAAAUGCAAGUCAACAGGUCCCAAUGGGUUCAAUACGUUAUUACUAAGAAUCCAGUCAGGUAGCUUUUUAAAAUUAAUAAUCCAACAAGAAUGAUGUAGAGAGUUGUCAUGAAUUUAGAUACAUGCAGAUAACAUGGAUCUGAAAGCACUGCACGAACCAUCAUCUGUUCUACAGAUGUGUUGAUGGGUCCUUUUUUUUAGUUCCCCGCUCUGCCUGAAACUUUGAGUUCACAGCUAGAAUGUGGCUGGCUGCUUCUUCAAAUGAAUUUCAUUGGAACUUGACAUCAUACUAUUAUGAUCAUUCUGUUGAAAUGAUUUCAAAAAAGUGUGCAUGUAAGGGGCUGUGAACAUGUUAGCAUGUUUUAUAAAUGCAUAUACCUUUCCACUCCAUCAUAUCCUCCCCCAAAACCCCACAUUACACACACACACACACACACACACACACACAUACACACACCAUUUCAUUUGGAGAAGAAAGAGUCAGAAGGCCCACUUUCAACUCAAAACACAACCAUGGGUUCACCUAGAGGCCUCUUUUCUAACACAUGAACUCUGUUUGCAUGAGUGAACACAUGGGAGUUUCUGGUGCUACCUGGAGCAAAGCAUUACUGAUCCAUUUGUUAACCAUAAUGAAGCAAAGCAAUUUGUCAAACAGCGACCCCCUAGUGGCAGAAUGCAGCAAUAACCUUCUUAUGCUGGGAGAAACCGUACAGAGUGACACCUACUGGCAGAACAUGGUAUUAGCCCUCCUAUGAUAAAGUCAGAGGUGGAAAUGAGGGUGCUUACCUCCAGAUUUAUUGAUGAUAAGGAAUGGAAGAAACCUAGCUGGUACCAGAAGAACAGACAGAUUGAAGGUAUUCAAUACAAAGGAGCUAUCCUGGGAGAAACUGAGAAACGAUUAAAAUUGCAACAGAAUAUUCCAGAGACUGCAGGGACCUACAAUAAGCUAGAAGUGAACAGACAGUCAUCUUCUAGAGGUGUUGUUUGCAUACUGGAACAAUGGGGCUUUGUCUCAUAAACAUAAUGGCAAUCAGAUAUAGUUUGUCAACAUCAUUUAUAUCAUGUACAGUACUAUGAUAAAAAUAGAGCUUGGUGUGUCUGUGGAUUUUUGUGUGUGUGUGUAGCUGCAUAAUCUCAGCCCAGAGGGAUGACACAGUGGAACAGGAACAAUGUUAACAGUAUGGUAAUACAUGACAAUUAGGCACGGUGCCCAAACCCUCCAGGAUAUGUUCUUUCCAGCUUACCUGUCAUCCAGGUGCUACUGAACUGGAAAAGACCCCAGAUGUUCUUAGAUUAAAAGGAUCUGUGAGCAAAGGUGGGUGUACCAGGAGGUAAAAAUGAAAUACCUGUCUCAGGGGUGUGGGGUAAGGAGCUGGUUGCCAUUAAGGUGGGAGAUGGAGAGGCUAAACACAAGAGACCCAGUCUAGAUCAUUUGCACGGACAUAUACAAUCACACACACACACACCUUCCCACAUAAAAGUGUUGCCUCCCCUCCCCCCCCAACCAUUAUUUGCCCAUUAAUAGGAUAAGAAAUUGCAUCAGGAAAGUAUUAAAGGGCAAAGGGCCACAGGUGAGUGGAAAGUCAUAUUUCUUGCAUGCAGAAGGUCUUAGGUUUAAUCCCCAGCAUUUCAAGGUAGGGCUGAGAGAGACCCCUGUUGAAACCCUGGACAACUGUCAGUGUGGAAAAUACUGAGCUAAAUGGGCAGGUGUUCUGGCUCUGUAUAAGGCAGCUUCCUACAUUCCUGUUUCAUUGAAAUGCUAAUUGGUGGGGCUCUGGGGUUUUGUUGCUCUUAAGGUAGCCAAGGUGUGUUUGUGAGUAUGCUUUUUUCCUAGCAGUCUGCACUCUGCGCUCUUCUUCGACACAUCCAAACAAACAAACAAGCCAUGCCAUUCUUAAACAAGGGCAGCCCAGAUUUUUUAAGGCUCAGUAGGGAGUGACCCCUGGCUCCUUCUGAUCAAUGAGCGCCACAGUCAGGUAUGUCAGGUAUGUCAAAUAUCUCAGGUACGCUUUUUGUAUUUGACUAGAACUGGUUGGGGGAAGAUAGUGACUGCUGGGCAUAUGAGACAUGGUGGGGGCCGGAGGGGAUCAAGGCCUGUCAUCACAAAGAAGAGACAAUUAACUUCAUUUGUGAUAUACACUUGAAUGAACUUCUUCUAGGCUCAGCAUCUGACUCUACUGUCUGCUUUCAGAAUCCACACCACACCAAUACUUUUAUCCAAAGGGAGAUUUUAAAAAGCAUUGGGGGGGGCGUUGCAAAGAGUUUGUGCCCCCUUGCAAAAAGUUUAUUAGGACUAUUAAAUGUUCUUCUUUUUAUACAAAUGCACUUCAUUUCCAAGAGAUGUGGGAAUGACUGUUAACUUUGAUGACUUAAAUAGCACUAGAGUCGGCACAUUCCUGGAAGAUUAGUUUAUGAAUGGCUAUGAGCCAUGAUUGUUACAGAGGCAAAAGAUCUAGAAAUGUCUUGGCAACUUUUCAAAUGAAAGGGUGGCUUCCAUAACCACAACCUAAAGAGACUCAAAAAAUUCAGGCAGCUGUGCCGAUUUCUAUCUUUAUACCCCACAAAAAAGGACACAUCAUAGCAUAAAAUCCAGAUUAUUACAAUCAGUUUACAGUUCCAGAUCAGGGGAAUGGACUACCUCAGAAGGUAGUGCACUCUCCUUCAUUGGAGGUUUUUUAAACAGGUUUGAUGUCAUCUGUCGGGGAUUCCUUAGCUGUGAUUCCUGCAUUACAGCGGGUUGGGCUGGAUGACUCUGGGUGUCCCUUCCAACUCUGCAAUUUCAUGAGGGGUAAGAAACCUUUUCUGGCCGGCAGGCCAGAUCUUCAUCUCUCCACCCUCAGAGGCCCAAUCUGACAGGUGGGUGGGCUGCCCACCUCUCAGUCACCAGGCAUCUUAGUGAUGUCAGGUGAUGCAAUACUUGGAAUCUUCAACCGCCUAACGUGCAACUUUAGCUUUCGAACAGAGGUGCAAACAAUCUUUCACUAGAAACAAAAUGCAUCCCACACCACCCACAUGGAGAUUUAAAAGGGUGUACCAAGGUGUGACAGGACGCGGGUGGCGCUGUGGGUUAAACCACAGAGCCUAGGACUUGCCGAUCAGAAGGUUGGCAGUUCGAAUCCCCUCGACGGGGUGAGCUCCCGUUGCUCGGUCCCUGCUCCUGCCAACCUAGCAGUUCGAAAGCACGUCAAAGUGCAAGUAGAUAAAUAGGUACUGCUCCGGCGGGAAGGUAAACGGUGUUUCUGUGUGCUGCUCUGGUUCACCAGAAGUGGCUUAGUCAUGCUGGCCACAUGACCCGGAAGCUGUACGCCGGCUCCCUCGGCCAAUAAAGCGAGAUGAGUGCCGCAACCCCAGAGUCGGUCACGACUGGACCUAAUGGUCAGGGGUCCCUUUACCUUUACCUUUACCAAGGUGUGACAAAAGAAGAAGGAAGUGUCAGUUGAAAAUGUAACAAAGUGUAAUGGAAGGAUUAAGAAAAGUUUUUGAAAACGAGAUGGUCCCCAAAUUAAGGGCUCUUCAUAGCUGUUAUAGCUGCCAGUUAGCGCCAUCUGCUGGAACAUCAGAGUAAUGCAGACAACCCUCAAAAUCUUAAUGGCUGAAGUUAAGGCUGAAUAGUGUGUGUGUACACACACACACACACACACACACACACACACACACACACACAGACACACACAGACACACACACACACACACACACACACACUUCUAAUUAAAAUGGUUAACAACAUCUCAGUUACAUUCAGUUGGUAGGUAGGUUUGGAAGUAGUUGCAGGGGAGAAACAUGUAAAAUCCUGAACUGGGAAGUUUCUACCUUGGAUGAUUAUCUUCAAAAUUAGGAAUCCUCCCCUCUGUUUUAACAGUCCUGUUUGAAGGAGUCCUCUAUUUUAAGGGUUGUUUGGUCCAAGUCUGGUUGAAAGAUAAAACUCGCUAAGAAGAGAGAACAGGAGCCAUUCAGCUCACCUGGACAGAGUCGUCCCUACUUUGGAGAGAUGUAUUAUAUUUGUGUUUAAAUUAUAGUCAUUCUUUUUAAAUUUAUAUGUAUACAUUAACUAUGACAUGCAGUGCAAAUCUGUGUCCUCUUUUAUCUUUCUUUCUUGGCAAUACCUAAGGAGCCACCCUACCUCCUCCUCCAAAAGUGUCCCCCUUUUAAAGUAAAAAAUAAAAAAUAAAGCGUGUUUGAACAUGAAUUAUGAGACUCAGCACGGCUUCCCUAGACUUUCUAGAACUGAAAUUAUUUUGGAACCAAAAACAUAUAUUAGAAUUCCAUGAUUAAUGUGCAACAUAAAAUAUUGAUACCUUUUGUUCUAAGGCCACCUCCAGACCACCCGUAUUUUGCAGGAGGGAUUCAAGAAUAUACUAGGAAAAUUGAGUUUGUGAAUGAAUGUGUUCUGUCAUCCAAACAUAAGAAAUCCACUUAAACAAAAAUCAACAAUGGGCUUUUGAAGGUUGGAAAGUGAUGGGGAAAUGCAUUGGAAAGGGUGGAAUAAAAAAAUGAUGAACAGGAAGCUGUAUUACCACUCCCACAAGCAAAUCAGGAUGAGUGCACAAUAGAUGAUGUCCCCAUAAUAGUGCCCAUUGGGACUGGCAGGUUGGAAAGGAAGAAGAUCACCAGUAGGUGGCGCCAGAGCCAAUGCUAGCCAAAGCCAGUGAGCGGCAGAGCCAAUUGAUUCUAGUUUUGAGACUAGUGAGGAGGAAGAAGGCAGUGCCAACCCCUUGGACUGCUUGUAAGUAUGAAAUCAGACAGGUGAGGAGUGGCUGGCGGCAGACUGAGGCUGGUGGGGCAGUGCCCUAUUUUCCCCAAGUACUUCCUGCAAACAAGUCAGAAAAAGUUACAGGUAGGUAGCCGUGUUGGUCUGCCGUAGUCAAAACAAAAUAUAAUAAAUCAAGUAAAAUAAAUCAAUAAAAGAAUUCCUUCCAGUAGCACCUUAGAGACCAACUAAGUUAGUUAUUGGUAUGAGCUUUCGUGUGCAUGCACACUUCUUUAGGUACCAACUGGAUAUGUUCUAACUCUUUUAGGACUAUGAGUACCCCCUUCAUUCCCAUGGAACGCCUUACCAGAAGAACGACCGCUGCCCCCCUCCACCGCAGACGCUGCCUGAUCGAGCGUGCGAGGUGCCCAGCUGUCGCUCGGACUCCGAGUGCGAGAGACACAAGCGCUGCUGCUACAAUGGGUGCAUCUAUGCUUGCCUGGAGUCGGUGCCCCCACCUCCAGGUAUGCCAGCCCAUAAUAUGUCGUGCUGGACCAGAUGAGGUGAUGAGAGAGAGAAAGAGUGUUAUUGAUCUCUAGCAUAAAAUAUUCGAUCAGAGGAAUACAUGGAGGUCUGCCUUUGGCAGAUCAAAAUGUGGUAAGUGCUGCUUCCAGGUUCAGCUGCAUGGUAUCAGAUGUUGAGUGUUAAGGCUGAAUUCCCACAGCAGUUUAUUCCAUUUCCCCAGUGUUUCCCUAACUGUUAAUUCUCAAAUAAUAAUAAAAAUUCCUUCCAGUAGCACCUUAGAGACCAACUAAGUUUGUUAUUGGCAUGAGCUUUCAUGUGCAUGUACACUUCUUCACACAAAAGUUCAUACCAAUAACAAACUUAGUUGGUCUCUAAGGUGCUACUGGAAGGAUUUUGUUUUUUAUUUUGUUUUGACUACGGCAGACCAACAUGGCUACCUACCUGUUAAUUCCCACUUUAUAUUUGACCCUGGAUAGCUCAGUGUGGUGUUAAUGAUGCCAAGGUUGCAGGUUUGAUCUCUGUAAGAAGCAGUUGCAUAUUCCUGCAUUGCAGAGGGUUGGACAAGAUGAUUGUCAGGGUCCCUUCCAACUUUGUGAUUCUAUGAUCUAUGAGAUUUCAAAUGACAUAAAAAUCACUUCUGGAAAUCUAGCAGAACAUAGUGAAAGCUUAUCGCUCAGUUCUGUGUUAAUUACUUCCAGAAAAUAUCCAUUUGGAAGCCUAUUAACCCAGAAAACCAUGGGAGUAAAGGCCUUUCCUGUUUUUUUCAUGGGGGGAUAAUGGGGGAACAGAAGCACACAUGUGCUGAAAGGGUGUGGGAGAAGCCACAUUGUCCAACGGUGUGUGUCAGUGUUGUUCAUCACCAUGUGAAUGACAUUUAGCAUGACCUGCAGGUAUAUUGAUCAAAAAGCCACAGUUCCCUAAUGCUGUAGGUACUGCCAUGUGAAAGCAACGUUAGAAACCAGAACAGAAGCACUAGCAUUAUAAUCAGGAAAACUGGUGCAAUGUUCUGCAUGUCUGAAUGCAGCCAAGGAGGAAAAUACCACCACCAUCCCCCUGCUUCUGAACUUCCCUGGAGUAUCCAUCUGCCCACUGUCUAUUGACAGAUUACUGAGUGGCAUCAACCAAUGAUCCAUCGUAGCAAAGCAGUCCUUGAAUUCUUCUAUUCACUUUUCAGUGUUCUCAUUCUCCAUAACAAUGUCUGGUUUCUUGGAACAGUUUUGGAUUGGUUGGUUCAGCCCAAGCCACGCUGGCUGGGUGGAAAUGGCUGGCUUCUCGACGGACCGGAAGAAGUUUUACAAGGUCAGAAAAAUGUGUGCAUCAUUUGGAAGGUGUCAGAAUAUUGAUACUGCUCUACAAAUAUGUUUCCCAAUUUGGGUAUAGCAUUGUAGGAUGGGUGAGGAUUCUGGUAAAAUGGUCAGACCAGUCUCUUUCUUAAGUUAAGGGCUCUAGCUAGGCCUGCAAAGUAUUUCUUUGCAUGUCUAAGCAGCACAAAUACUACUAGCUAGAGAUACUUCCAGGAGACAGGGCUUCUCCCUUCACCUGUCUGGAGGUGAUGCAAUAAACAAGUGUAAGAGAACAGACCUGAGCUGGUCUUGACCAGAGCUAGGAAGACACAGAGGUCUGGCUUUGCUCUCUGUGCUGAACCCCAAGCUGUGGCUUUGGGGCACAGACACGCCCCACGCCCCCGCAAGAAACCAAAUGGAGAAGCAAAAUCUGUUAGAGUUUUAAUACUACGAGCUCUUCCAUUCUAUGCCCAGCUUCUGCAUAUGUGUAAACAAAUAAAAAUAUACCACCAUCUCUGGUGACCUUCAUUCCAAGGAAACCCAAACUGACCUAUGUGCUGGAACCCCUGAAAUCUCCACUUGGAGAGUGGAGUGUGUGUAACAAUAGGAAGUUGCCUCCCAUCCAGACCAGUAAUGUCUACUCUGACUGGCAACAGCUUUCCAGAGUCUCAGGCAAAGACUCUGUCUGCUCUCUGGUCCUUUUAAGUGGAGGCACUCUGACACUGCGUGAGGGUUCUCUGCUAUGGCUCCCCAGAGAAAGGUAGCAAAAGCUAACUUAACCUGGUCUCUUCUAGCAAGAUUCUCUCUCUGUGUAUCUCUCCCUCUCUGAUGUUACCAGCUGAUCAUGGAAAACUGAAUUGGCAUGCUCUUGUGUUUUUAAGCACACUUCAGCAUGCAGAAAUCAACUCACAAAACUUUUCACAGCACAGAAACGUGAUCACCCGCUAAUGCCUACACACCAAGCAGCUGUUAAAAAGCAGAAGAGGCUGGGGCAGGAUGAAAGCUGGCAACCUUGUACUCUUGGGCCAAGGCUUUGGACUUCCUUUGGAAAAGCUACUUUAAUUCACACAGCCUAAUAGAGAUGAACAAUCAGGGUUAUCUAAUGACUAGGAAAAAUCCCCCCCCCCAAAGCCAAUUGAUUUGCAACUGUCCCUGGCAGAGAUCUGAGUUCAAGGCUCAAGGGAGGAACAUUAAAAGACAUAGUGGGCCAAUAACUGAGCAGAGAGGUUUUGUGGGUACAUAACUGCAUCCAUGUCAUGUUCUUGUCACCUUUGGGCUGAGAAGGCAACCAGCAAACCAAGCCAGCAGGGAGGACCCUUGAGCAUGGCUUGGUCAACUCAGCAGCCUCAACACGCUUAGCCAGAUGGACCUUUGUCCUGGCCUGGUGGGGACCUUCUCAUGUUCUCCUAUGACUCUUUCCGCAGCCGAAGCAUGCAGCACCACAGAAGAUGGAGACGAGCCUCUGCACUGCCCAACAGGAUAUGAAUGCCACAUCAUUAAUCCUGGCAACGCCGCUGAGGGCAUUCCCAACAGAGGCCAGUGUAUCAAGCUUCGUGGGAACUCUGGUAGGUCUACACCUUCUGGGGAUCACAUGCCCUUGACCUUCUGAGGGUCAAGAGGUGGAACAACAACAAACGUGACUCUUGUGUACAGCAGGGUACAUUUCUGCCACACACAAAUCAGAGGUUUCUAUGCACGCACCUCUCCGUUUUGGCAAGCAGGAUUGAAGACACCUUCCAGCAAAAGUGCUUGAGAAGAGCACAAAUGGGGGGGUGUGUGGCCUGGGGGCCACAUGGCCUGAGGUUCCCUACCUCUGAUCCAUGUGUGAGUCAAUGCUGAUCUAUUCUGAUUCUUUUGUACUUCUGGCUUCCAGACACUAGGUGUGACUGUAAGUGUUCUGCAGAUUGAGAAGGAAAAGCCAACACGGUGCCCUUCAGAUUUUUUUGGGACUGCAGCUUCCAUCAUUCCCAGCCAGCAUGACCAAUAUUCAGGGAUACUGGGAGUUGUGGUCCACAACUUCUGGAGUCCACUGCAUUGGCUACACACUGGUAUAGAGGAAACUGGGUAAGCUCCCUAUAAGGUCCGGAGUUCAUAUUUGUUACUGCCUUAUUUCUAAAGGGCUGUGCAACAUAAUGGUUUCAGCAAAGUCAGGAGAACAUCCAUCCAUCAUGUUGUGGUCAAUGCAAGAUAGUCAUUCCAAUUUUACUAUCUGGAGCUCAUUUUCAUUUGUUUUUCUCCCCAGAUGGGUGGAAUCUAAGGCCUAAAUAUUACAAGGAAUAUUUUGGUAAGACUCCACCAUUGUGAUUUGGAUCAUGACAAAUUCAGCUUAAAUGCAUAUUGCUGUUUGCUUGCUUGCUUGCUUGCUUGCUUGCUUGCUUGUUUCAAAACGUGUAUAUAUAUUGCUUUUUUGGUCCUAAAAAGUGCCCCCAAAGUGGGUUACAAUAGAAUAAUUAAUGCAUUAAAAGUCAGUUUAAACACACACACACGCACACACAUAAACCAAGAGCAGAAUGAGAUAACCCAGACAUAUUAACAAUCAUCCAAUGGUCCACUUGAACCACCAUGAAUUCCUUCCUAGGAUCCCAAGCCAGUUGCUGGAAACUACAAGCAGGGAGAGGGCUGCUGCUUUUGGGGUUACCAAAGACUGGGCCCUAUGAGAACAGGUUGUUAGAUUAGGUUGGCCUUUGGCCUGAUCCAGCAAGCUCUUCUUCAUGCAUUGCAUGGUUAAACUAUGGAACUCAUUCCAGGGGAGGCAGUGAUGGCCACUAACUUGGAUGGCUUUAAAUGAGGAUUAGAAAAAAAUAUUCAGGAGAGGGCUAUCAUUGGCUAUUAGUAAUGGUAGCUGUGCUCUGCCUCCACAGAUGGAGGCAGCAAUGCUUCUGAAUACCAAUUGCUGGAAACCACAGGCAAGGAGAGGUCUCUUGUGCUCAAAUCCUGCUUGCAGGUUUCCCACAGGCAUUUGGAUAGCCACUGUGAGAACAGGAUGCUGGACUAGAUGGGCCAUUGGCCUGAUCCAACAGGGCUCUACAUAUGUAAACAGCUGCUAUUCUCUUCCUAUCCCACUGUCCUGCCCAUGAAGCAGGUCUUCACCUUGUAAUUCUAUAGCCCCAUUAAACUGUAAGGAGUUCAGCCUACACUUAAGUAGGACUUUGGCAGAGACACAUGCCCGUCUGGCAUGUUCCCUCUCUCCUGGUCAAUCGUUUGGGAGCUUCAUAAGCUUUCUUCUGCCCGAACAUCACAGCGACCGAUGCCAACCGACAAUGGCACACUUAGGGAUCCUCCGAGUUUGCACAUCAUGCGUGUGACAGACUUCAGCAACUCAGUAUGUUGGCUCAUCUACUUUAUUUACAUAUAAACACACAUGGAGCACUGCAACAUGGCUCCCUCUCUCUCUAGCAUCAGACAGCAAAGAGAAAAAGGACAAAGGACAGUCGUCCCACUUCAAGGAACACAGUAACACAAACAUCCUGUCUUCGUCACUUCCCAUUCUGUGGAGUCAAAAUAUAUCACGUCAUGUGAAAGACAAAAAUCCCAUGACUGAAAUCAUAGAUCAGGAAUUCUAACAUACACCAUGAUAUUCUUGAAUGGAUUCACAUUCUUAAAUGUUCAUGCUUCACAUCUAUUCUGCCCAUUGUUGUUUUACAGGAGGCAGUUCCAAUAACGUGGUGGGCUACGUCAAACAACAGCAGAAACACCUUGGUUAAUUCUGGCAAAGCCUUCGGGGGGGAUUCUCCCAAUAAAUGGGGACACGGCGUGAAAAUGCGUGACGAUGCCUCUGCUUUCUGCUGCAGCUCUCAGGUCUUCCCCACAAUCCAAGAUCCAGAACAAAACAACAUGGCGCCUUUGAGAUGUCGUUGCACUAAAGCUCCCAUCAAACCCCAGGUAGCCUGCUCAGCAGCCAAGGACCAUGGAAGUCAUAUCCCAACAUUUUAUUGAGGGCACUGCAUUAGAUACCUCUGUCCUGAAUUCCUGGUGGUGCCAUAACAUUGUUAGACUCCAACUCCCAUCAGCCCUGGCCAGCAUGACCAAUAGUCAAGGAUGAUGGCAGCUGUAGUCCAAGUGCAUCUGGAGGGUCCAUCACUUUGGCUACUGCUGGCCCCGACCAGUGAUAAAAUUCAGAUAGGAAACCAUGUCUUGUAGAGAAAUGCUGAAUAAACACAGACCUUAACUCCUAGUUACCUGGAUCACACUUUCACCUGUCACUUUGCACUGCAUUCUUAAAAGCCACUGUAUUCUUCUCUGUGUUUUCUGAGCUUGACCUUUUGCUAUCAUUCAUAUUUCGAUAAUAGAGUUUCUGAUUGGCAGUAAUGUCUUCUCAUCUGCACACACAAAAUAAAUGCAUCUUGUCCAGGGAAAGUGCCCUGUCUAUUUAUUUCUUUUGGUGUAUUUCAAAUGGAGCGGUUCUGUAUGAUAUAGGUGAACAGAUUUCCAUCCCCCUGCCCUUGCUCAGAUACCAACUGCUUUGGAAAUACAGCUAAUCUGCACAUGCCAAGUGUAUUAUCACCAUUCCUUCUAUUUCCAGUGUCCAGGCUGUAAUGGCAAUAUAGGAACAGGUGGUGUGGUGUUAUGGACUAGGAGACCAGGGUUCAAAUUCUGCUCACAGGGUGAUUGUGGGCCAGUCAUUGUCUCUCAGUUGAACAGGGUUGUGAGGAAAGGAUUGAGAGAGGGAGGACUUGAGCUCUUUGGGGGAAAAGGUAGGGCAAUAAAUAUUAAAUGCAAAUAAAAUCAGCAGCAUUUGCACAGAAAAAAGAAGUUAUCAGCAAGCUUGUGGAAAUUCCAGAUUUAUGUAAACAUACACAUAACCUUUAGGAAAGGUUGGGGGCAGGAAUAAUAGCCCAAUGAGGACUGAGCAUGCUCAGUAGUCUCCAUGCUGAUGGACUGUUAGGGCAGGGCAAUGAAAAAUGGUGGUGAGAAAUGGAAUGGAAUGGAAGGAUGAAAUCCUGAACAGCAUCAUGCCCCACUGCCACAUUUUCUGUCAAUGACCUGUUUGCAAAUUCAAUCCAUUUGUAUGCAGAUGAUUCAUUUAUAAAUGAGGUGGAUGUCAGGCACCCACUUUGCUUUGUCCCAGCUCCUGCCAACCUAGCAGUCUGAAAGCAUACCAGUUGUUAAGUUGUGGGUGAACAUAUCAGACGACACAGUGAUUCUUCAAACAGCUUUUGUUUAUUCACAGGCCAGAACAGAACUGAACUGAAGGGUUCAGCCAGCCUGCUUAUAUAGAGCUCCACUAGAAUGCAACAGUAACCACUUUCUGUAACUAUCCAAUCACGGAACGUCACUUUCAAUCCCUUAUUUGCAUAUGUGGACCUGAGUGAAAACUGUCUACAGUAUCCCCCUGCUGGCCCAGGGUGAGAACUUCAGUACAUAACACCAGUGAACGUAGAUAAAUAGGGACCACUGUGGUGGAAGGUAAACAGCGUUUCCGUGAGCUCUGGCUUCCGUCACUGUGUUCCGUUGCACCAGAAGCAGUUUAGUCAUGCUGACCACAUGAUCCAGAAAGCUGUCUAUGGACAAAUGUCGGCUCCCUUGGCCUGAAAGAAGAGAUGAGCGCCACACCCCAUUGUCGAAUUUGACUGAACUUAACUGUCCAGGGAUCCUUUACCUUUUCCCCAACCAAGGACCCUCCAGUGGUGGCUGGUGCCCAUUGAGGCUGGUAGGGUGGGAGGCAGGGAGCUGAACAGUAGGUGGCACCAGAACAAAUGAGAGGCAGAACCACUUAAUUCUAGUUUUGCUUCCAUCCUCCCUGCUGAGUUCUAUGAGGGCAAUACUGAGACUAGGAGGAGGAGGAAGCUGACAGGUAGUGGUGCCUCCCAGAUUGGGUGUAAGUAAGAAGGCAGACAGGAGGGGCUGCCCAAGGACCCACUGCUCACUGAUGGCUAGGGUGGCCGUGUGCCCUGCUUUGCAGAGGACACACCUCCGUGGGAAGACAUCUCUGUUUGGAGGGCUGUUUGAUGCUGGGUACAUUUAAAGAUAAGCCUAAGAAAAGGGCUGCAGCUCAGCAGUAGAGCUGCCAGUCAGUGUAGACAACACUGAACUAGAUGGACCAAUGUUCUGAUUCAGUAUAAAGGCAGCUUUCUGCUUUUCUUCUGGAUCAAUGCUGGAUAAAGUUGUCUGGAUCAAUGCUGGAUAAAGUUUCCUACAGAAACCUUUCAGGAGGAUAUUUUAUGACCCAUUCUGCUGCAUGCCUCAUCAUUUUAUGGAAUGACUUUCCCUCCUUAGAGAAUCUUGUCUUCUGUGCCCAGAGGGAAAGCGCCUUUUGUGCAGACAUAAAGGAAAAUGAGGGGCAGUGACCUUUCCCCUGCAGCUCAGAAAACCUGGUGAAGUCUUGUGGCAUCUUGUUCGGGUUCUUAACUAGGAAUGCAACCUGGUUUAGCCAAUGAAUCGAUCAAAUAUGUUUGCAAUCAACUAAAAAUUACAAGGAUCAUUUAUUAAAUCUGUUAGAUGGUUGUUAUGUAAAAAGGUCUUCAAGAGUUGUACACAAUGAAACACACAAUUACCAGAAACACGUGCAAUUCAUAAAAAUAAAUGAAUCCCAUAGCAACUUCCAAUUAAUGGCUACUAGCCAACCUAGCAGUUUGAAAGCACAUCAAAGUGCAAGUAGAUAAAUAGGUACCACUCCGGCGGGAAGGUAAAUGGCGUUUCAGUAUGCUGCUCUGGUUCACCAGAAGUGGCUUAGUCAUGCUGGCCACAUGACCCGGAAGCUGUACGCCAGCUCCCUCGGCCAAUAAAGUGAGAUGAGCGCCGCAACCCCAGAGUCAAUCACGACUGGACCUAAUGGUCAGGGGUCCCUUUACCUUUACCCUUGUUGGCCAUGCUCUACCUCUGCCCAUUCCUCGGUCCAAUGGAUACACAAAUUUCUGGAGAAAGGAGAGCUGCUUUAUCCUAUGUAGUGAGAGUGUAAAGCCAGCCCAUACUCCUUGUGUCUCACCCAGAUCCCAGAAGAGCAUGCUGGUCUCCUACAACUCUGAUCCUAAACUUCCAGCAGCAUGAAUGCCAAGCGUCUAACCCCGAGGUUGGCAAUCACACACACUUCAGCGCUUCAAUUAGGAAAUGUUAUUAAAAAUAAAUAAAAAUACGAGGAAAAGCAGGAAAAAGUUCAAAACAGAAUACAAAAUAGGCCAAAGAACUGCAGUUCUAAAAAUCUACUAAUGCUAGCCCAUUUACUACACCCUAGUUGGUCUGGUUUACUCUUAAGGAAGCAGUGAGGAUAGUCAGCUUCUUACAAAGUCCAUUCUGGAUCCCUGAUGGUGGUGGGAAAGGCAGUUAUGAAUUUUUCAGGAUCCAGACUCAGUUGCUCAGGUCCCUCACGUUUCUCAGGUAGGCAUCUAAAGUUCCCUUUUUUUUUUUUUUUGAAGAGGAUGCCUGGAAGAUACAUGACAGCUUAACUUGGAGGACACCAAAUUCCUGUGUGACAGUAACCACAGCCUUUUCCUCUCUGACAUUUUCCCUCUCCCUCUUUCUGUUAAGUGAGUAAAAUACCUGCUUUCUCCUGAAACAUUCUGCUACCAUCUAGUGACAAAAUGUUGUAAAUGCAGCCUCUUUUUACCUACUGCUGCUGCCCUGUGACCCAUUACUGUACAGUAAAGUGGUACCUCGGGUUAAGUACUUAAUUCGUUCCAAGGUCUGUUCUUAACUUGAAACUGUUCUUAACCUGAAGCACCGCUUUAGCUAAUGGGGCCUCCCGCUGCCGUCGCGCUGCCAGAGCACGAUUUCUGUUCUCAUCCUGAAGCAAAGUUAUUAACCCAAGGUACUAUUUCUGGGUUAGUGGAGUCUGUAACCUGAAGUGUAUGUAACCUGAAGCAUAUGUAACCCGAGGUACCACUGUAACGCAAAAUUGCUUUCUCUGUUUACACGCUGCUGCCACCUGGUGGUACAGCCUCUUUUUACCCACAGCUGCCAUCUGGUGGCAUAAUACUGCAAACUGUAGCCUCUUUCUACAUGCUGCUGCCAGUCGGUGCUUGCUGGACAGGUUUCCCAAAAAUGUGGCCCAUCAACCAGGACUUCAAAUAAUGAGCAAAAAUGUGACCCAUGAUUUUGUUUGUUUUUCAGCUCCUGCCCAGGCGGGUCACAUUUUCACUCAUUUUUCAGAGUCCUCACCCAUGAGUCAUAUUUUUGGAGGAGUUUAUUGCUGUUUUUAUGUUUGAUCUCAACACCUUUGCUCUUUCUAUUUUUAUUGUGUAAGUUGCUUUGAGACACCUAAUAAAUAUUUAUUUUUAU